AUGGGAAAUCAAGCUAAUGAAAAAAUUGAACGAAGAAGUGUACUGCUGAAAUCGGAAAAAGUGCGAAAUUGUCGUUCUGUUUUAAAGGGUCGAUAUUUGACUUUAAAAGGCGAAUAUACAACUUUGUAUUACAUUGCUGAUGGUCAGUCGGUAUCAUUUUGGCGUCAUAAUAUUACUGCGCCGAUUGCAGUAUACAACUUUGAUAACUUGGGUAAAGACAGUCAAUUGGUCGACAUCAGUUAUCUUCCAUUUAAAGAUGGUAGUGAUGGUGUUGCGAUUGCCAUUAAUUAUUCCUCUGAAAAAAUGCUAUCAUUUGUCAUAUAUUAUUCCAUUGCUCGAGCGAAAAUUAUAACGAAAUUGCAGAUUCCUCAUCAGAUAACUUGUAUUUCAACUAUUUUCGAUAAUAUGUCACAAUAUAAAAUUCGCGAUUUGCAUCCUGUUUUUCAUAAUUCGCCUCAUUUAAUUGCUGUUGGAACGAAAAAUGGAUGUUGUUUCUUGGUUCACCUUGGCUUUGAUUUACCUCUUGUUGAGCAUGAUCAGGAUGCUCAUAAAGUUAGUGGACAAAUGGAGGCCAAGAGGCUUGGUCGUAUUCAUCAUUUACCAUUAGAGGAGAUAUCUGUUACUUCAGUUGUAUAUAUAGAAAAAUGUAAAUUAAUUAUGAUCGGAUUCUCUUUUGGAGGUUUUUUAAUGGCAAAUAUUUCAAGUGAACAUCGCAGCGAUAUAUACUGGUUCUCAGAAUCUUCUGUGUUUGCAUUUGCUUAUCAGGAAGCUGCCGAUGAUCCUAGACCUUUCAUUUUUCUUUGGAUUGCUCAUUCGUCUUGUCGCCAUAAUAAAAUGGUAGGUAGUCCUCAUGUAAUUUUGGCUAUUGUGCAUUUUCCGAAGGAUGAGAAGCUUGAGCCCAACGACCGUUCUUAUUUGAAUCCAGUUCUUCAUUAUCAUUUGACGUGGUUUCCUAAUGAAUCAUUUACUGCGUGGUUGUCGUUUCGAACUAUUCUCCAGAAAGAGAGUACUAUUUCAAAAAAUUCCAGUGGAAUCGAAAAUAAGUCAAGAGAAAGCAGUCAAGGCUUGUAUGAUAAUGAUGAUACAUCGCUUUUGCUGAUGUCAUGGAAAAGUGGAAAAAAAGGAAUUGUUAGAGGCGUAGUUUUUGAUUUAAAUGCCUUCUAUUAUAAACGUCUCGUAAAUGAAGUUUUUUACGAUAGUACUAUUGCACAUCAAAAUGCAUUUCUGUCGAGAUUUGUUUUAUGGAAAUCGAACGAUCUUCAUGAAGGAUCGCCAUUUGAUAUUAUGGUAUCUCCUAAUUCGAUUCAUCGCUACGAAAGCCCAUGGAAAGAUAGUAGUGAUGUUCUUCACUACUGCUCAGUUAUUUCUUUUGAUAUAUGCACUUUUACCGAAACAAAUGAAUGUUACCUUAACAUACCAAGCAUACAACAAGAGUUAUUGAACUUUAUUGAAUUGAAUCUGGAAGUCUGCUUAGGCAAAAAUCGUAAAUAUAUCGCAUUAUGGAUUUCAGCAGUUGGUCUCGUCAAUCCAUUUCGGGUUGUGUCUGAUCUUUCUGAAGCAGAUUUCAUCAAUAUUUUAUCGGCUCUCUUAUAUCACGGUUUAAUUGUCAGUAUUAAAAAUUGGAUCAAUUAUUCUAAAGAGCAUGAUUUAUUAAAUCUUUUCGGAAAAUGUUUAUGGGAGGAAAUUGAGGAUGCCAAGAGCAGGUUGGAUGAACUAGUGAAGCCAAUAUUUGAUCGUACUUCAUUUGAUUUUUCGAAAAAUGGAUUGUCCUGGAUGAGAAGCAUAUCUCGUUUAUUUUUUAAUGCUUGUAGUUUAUAUACUGAUUUAUUGGAGAAAAGCAGCGAUCGCUACGAAAUUGCGUCUUUGGCGCAUAAAAGGAUGGCUUCGAGAAAUCUGUACCUUUAUUCAAAGUUAUUGCUAUUUUUUCUUGAUUAUAAAUUAAUUCCUGAAAAGGAAUCUACUAUCAGCAUAUAUAAAAAAAUGCAAGAAUUUGCAGCCGAACGUUCAUUAGAUUUAUCUUCGUCAUACAGGGUGUGGCUGCGCUCGCUUUUACUUCGUAUCGAUGAUGAAUCUUCAUCAUGCUCGGAUGAUAUGUUGACCCAGUGGCUCCCAUCACAUACUCUUUUGGAUUUAGCAUCAUAUAUGCUUUUAAUGAAAUUAAAUGAUGCUAUGAAAUAUAAACUUGUUGGAUAUUAUCUUCUCGAUUACGGAUAUUGUUCUGAAAAGUCAAAUGAACUGUACAAUCAAUUUGCACGUUUGUUUUUCAAUGAAAAUAUAGCGUUAAAAAAUGAAAUAUAUAGUGAAUGGAAAAUGGAUAAUGGUCAGCAGGUGAUUAAAAAGGAAACUAUUCAGCACGAACAACCCUUUAUAGAUCGCAAACUAUGUGUUGAUUCCAAAAAUAUCAAAGUUAUUCGUGAUGAAAUAUUGGAACAGGAAGAUGGGAAAACUUUAUGGAACCAAUAUUGCAUACUAAAUAAAUAUUUUGAUCUUUUGCUUAUGCCGGAAAAAAUAGCGAAUGAUAGUGGAUGGCGUAGAAAGUGUGACGCUUGGACGACUUGCAUUAUUUCCAAUAUGCCGAAAUGUUUACGUUCUUCUUUCACAGAGAGGAGUAUGAAGGAUCAAAAUAAUUCGGAUGAACAAGUUGCGAGAUCUACUUCACAAUCUUUAAGAGAUUAUUGCUCAGAAAUUUGCGAAAGUCCAUUAAAUGAUCAAAGGGAUAGUCCCCUAGUCUCGACAGACAUUCAGAUUGAUGAUGAAGUUGAUGAAAGUCUGGUUCAACCAUUCGAUACGGUCCCUUGCGGCGAAAAUCAUUCUACACUUUUCGAAAAGUUACUGUCUAAAGAAAAACUUGAUAACGUUCAGCGACUUCUCACACCAACUUCGGCCAGUAGAGCAGGCGGCGAUUCAUCUCGUGCCUUAUAUUCUCCUAGAUCACCUCCUCAUUCCAUCCUGAAAUCUGCAAAGAAAAAAAUGAAUCCAGGUUAUACUUAUAAAAAAAUUGAUGCAACACUAAAUAUUGCACGUCGCUUGCGAUUUGAGUUGGCAAAUAGAGAAAAACCCAUUUCAAAUUCUGAUUUAAAAUUGCGGCCAAAUGUUGCUACCUUCAGUGUUGAGCACGAAACUACCUCACGUUCAGAACAGAUAAGUUUUGAUCAUAUUACGGAAUGUUGCGAUUCUAUUGAUAAUAUUUUAUAUUUUAUGGUUGAGUUUUCAUCCAUACUUGGCUCAUUCAAGGACUUGGACCACAGUUUUGAUGUUAAUGAAGGGAGAUUCAAGCAACGUGAGAAGCCAUCAGAAGGACUGAUUUUAAGAUCAUAUGAGGAACAAGAAGAGCCCCUUGAUGAUCAAACACAACUUGAGGAAGAAGUAUAUGUUCAAAAGCAAAUUAAAAAAACUCAGGAAAAGUAUUCCGGAAAUUAUAGUACUCCAAGCAUUUAUGGAGAUACGGUGGUUGAACGUUCUCUCGAAGAACAAGAUGAAUUGGAUUUUCUAACUGAAGGAGAUUAUGGCCACAUUGUGGGUCCUGCGGGAGAUGGUUUUCAAAUAUCAAAUAUAACAGCAGCAAAAAAUGUGGCUUUUAUUUCUGAAGUCUCAAAAUUUUCGGAAGAUAUUUAUAGCCCAUCAAAGGCAAAUAUGUUUGAAGGAAAUUUACAAAAAACACGUGAUUCCAAUGUUAGCGGAAUACAAUCUGCUAUAGAAUAUCAAAGUGAUCCUGAGGCUGAAGCAUUUGAGGAGGACAAAUCGAUAUUGAAAAACCUACAGAAUUCGCAAUUUUUUUCUGAAACAGUGGAGCCUUUGCGUCGUUCUCAACGAUUAAGAAAUCUUUCGGAAUCUUCAAAAUCAGGAACAGCUGAUUUUUUGGUAUAUCGAAAGGAAUUAUUUAAAAAAGAUGAUUGUUCUUCUGUGAAUAUUGGAAAACGCGCAUCGUCGAUGCCAAGGAAUGUAUCUGCUGGUUCUGAUAAUACAGUAGAAAUUACGACGUUUAGGCGAGCAUCUUCUGUUCCUUCAGUUCCAUGCUCCAAGCGAAAAAAAUUGGAUACCUCUUCAUUCAUUAAAGUUGAAGCGAAGUUGCCAACAGAUCAUAAGCGACAUCGAGCUUGUAAUCGAAAGUCCGCAACAACUACUCGUAAAACUAAAGGAAAAUCAACAUUGGAUGUUCAUUCGCCAAGUGAUGAAACUCCUAAAACCAAACGCGUGAAAAAUCAGUUGGCGGCUAAUAAAGAAAGUGCUCGUACUCCUAGAAGUAAAAAAAAGCAGUUAAAACCUGAAAAUUUGAUAGAAUCAUCAACAGCAGGUCAACGGUUUUCUAAGCGAAUACGAGCUGGAAGAAAGACCGUGGAAGAUAUUAUAAUCAAGAAACAACCGUUGGCAGAUUGA